CCUCAAGCCCCUCUCCUCCAUUCAUCCUCCGUAUCACAUCCGAUCCUAGGUCGGUCAGAUUGCCAGCAUUUGCCCAUGCUCCCUUACACCGCUUCCGGCGGCCGGCGCAUGUCUCCAGAGAAGGAAGCAUCUCCCCAAGACUCCAGCCCCCCCACCCCCAUCGGAGGAGGAAGACGUGAGCUCGUUAGCGCACCCCAGCUUUCUACACUUGCCACAUUCACUGUUGCCAUUCAGGAACCAGCACCGCAAGUGACUGUUGCCGCCUGCAUCCAAGAGAUUGCAUGUCACUGUCACAACCGCGAUGUCGGCGAAUUGCCAAAGAACACGAUGGCUCCCUCUAAUACUGCGUACCCGACGGCGAGUGGAUAGUGCUUGCCGUUCUUGAUGCGUGGGGGGCUUGCUUGCUUCUCCCUGACUGCUGCUUGUUCGAUGGAAUCCUA